CUCCUCUUUUCCUCCUCACCCCAUGUUUUCCCCCAUGGUGGCCCAAUUCCCCAUUCAUUCCCACCACCACCAUGUCUCCUCCCUCGCCCAUCCCUAAGCUCCUCCGUGAGUCGAGCGACCUCACCAUCACCUCCACCUCGCACACCUCCCCUAGUAACACCACCGUGUCCUUCAUCCGCUCCCACCGCCGGUCCUGCAACCCCUUCACCCGCUCCCGCCUCCGCCCCCGACUCCAUCUCACCCAACAACCUCUCUUCCGCAAUUCCCUCCUCGCCGGCGUCGGCUUCCUCGAACUCGCCAACGCCGCCGACUUCGCCGCCAAUGUCUGGAAUCAAAUCCCCGUGCCCCGAUACGCCAUGAUCCUCAUGGCCAUCGGCGGCCCCGUCGCCCUCCUCAUCACCCUCGUCGCCGCCCGCGACCUCUACCUCAGCUACCAGAACGUGCAACUCCUCCGCCAGGAACGCCUUCACCUCCAACACCUCCUCGCUUCCUCCCCGUCCUCCCACACCACCCUCGUCAUUCAAUCCCGUCUCAGCGUCAACUUCCGAGAACUCGGCACCGAACUCGUCGACCGCAUCCUCAUGGACGCGCUCAUGGGCUUCGGCGCGCUACUCGUCGGCACCGGGACCCUCAUGGCCAUCUGGGGCGCCAAUCACCACGUCUACCGCGCCAGUAACCUCCUCUCCGGAUACAUCGGCAACGGCCUGGCUGCUUUGUUCGGGGUCGUCAAUUCCAUCUGGUCGGGGUACCUCGUUCUCCGUUUCCAACGUCACUACAAAGCAUGCAUGGCCUCCAACCCGAUCGACGUAAACAAUGAUUACGAUGAACUCGACAUCUCCUGCUUCAAAGAUAAUCUCCGGCUUCGCUUCCGUGGUCUACAAUGGCACGCCAUCGUCAAUGGAAUCAAUGGCAUUGUUGCCGGCGCGGCCAGUCUCGUCACCGCUACCAUGUGGUACGGUUAUGUGGUUCUCAUCCCGUGUAUUGUCAGCUUGAUCGCCUGUAAUUGGUUCUGGAGAGUGAGAUUGGGUUAUGAUCGCCCUUUACUUGCUCCUACCACUGCCACCACCACUACAACCCACUCCCCAGAAACAACAACAACAACAAACACAAAUACAGAUACAGAUGCAGAUACAGAUACCGUACAUUCCCCACCCCCAACAACUACCAACACAACCACAACAACAACAACCCCCUACGAAGACAUCCCCGAAAAAACAGACCUCAUCACCGACCUCGCAACAACAACCCACAUCCUCCGCACCCUCACCUCCCCCCUUACCCUACCCCUACCCCAACCCCUAACCCCCUCCACCUCCUCCCCGAACAAUCCUCACCCCCACAAAUCUCUACUCAACCCUAACCUUCAUCACCCGCAACGGCAUGUUCGAGAACUUUUGCACGUCCUUGACAUACCAUCUCCCCCUACACCAACCACCACAUCCACAACAGAAAAACCCAACCACGUCCAGGAAACCCCCGAGGAUGAGGAAAGGAUAGAAAUAAUCCUAACCCCAACCGACUUCCUCACAUACGGCAAACAAGAAAUCCUCCUUUCCAAAAUGAAUGAAUAUCUGGAGUUGUUUGGGAAAAAGGCCAUUGCGUAUCGCGAACGAUGGCUUUUGGAGGUUGUGGGGUGUGCGGUUUAUCGAUCUUCUCUUGCGUCGGGGGAGGGGGAGGGG